AUGUUACACGUCCCGUCUUUCGCACGUAAUUCCAAACUUCAACGCGUCAAUACAGCACCUAGAGAGCCAGAACAUGUCCUUGGGAGAGGGUGCAUUCACCAAGUUGCAGUCUACACUGUUGAGUUAACGCUACUCUCGUCUUCAGCCGACGCGAAAUUUCCGGGACAAUACAGUCCUACUACUACUCCUCCUUCACCCACCCGCGAAAAUCCAGGACAGGUAUAUCCCAAAACAGAUCCCAAAGCAGCGCCCGCGGAAACGAUUCCUGGCACGGGCGGAGAACAUGCUCCUCCAUUUGAGAACUUAAUCGGGAACCCCUACGCUUUUGACAGUUCCUUGGACAAACUGGAUAGCUCCCUGUCAGAUAUCAUCACCAUUAUCAAGGGCGAGACGUCCAGGGUGGGCACUUCAGGUGAGACUGAGGUUUUGCUCCGCAAGUUCAGCGGCUGGAGGCACGAACUCUUCGCCUUGCGGUCUGGACGUACGAAAGUUGUGGACAGAGGUCACGAUGAAACUCCCGCACAAGGCGGAAUGUUUACGGAUUAA